AAUUCCGGCUUCAGCUCCGCCCGCACAUCAAUGCAUGAGGUCACAGAUCCGGGAGGGGCUCCAACUGAUAGUGUAUCCGCCUGAGGUUAUACACAGAGCAUUCCAAUCACAGAAUUCUACAGCAAUGGCUUAUCCUGGACAGCCCGGCGCUGGCUACUACCAAGGAGGGUAUGGCGGAGUUCCUGGAGCCCCUGGUUAUCCUGGCCAACAGCAAGAUCCCCUGUAUCCGUACUUUGCAGCUAUUGCGGGCCAAGAUGGUCAGAUAGAUGCUGAAGAGCUGCAGAGAUGUCUCACCCAAUCAGGCCUCUCGGGAGGAUAUAAACCUUUUAACCUGGAAACCUGUAGACUGAUGAUCUCCAUGUUGGAUAGAGACAUGUCAGGGAAAAUGGGCUUUAAUGAAUUCAAAGAGCUAGGAGGGGUAAUAAAUGGAUGGAAACAAAACUUCAUGGCCUUUGAUUCGGAUAGGAGUGGCACAAUUGAUGGAUUAGAGCUGCAAAGGUCGUUGGGUACUAUGGGUUUUCGAUUGAGUCCUCAGGCCAUGAAUAACAUUACCAAAAGGUACAGCACUCAUGGGAGGAUAGCAUUUGACGAUUACAUUGCAUGCUGUGUAAAACUAAGAGCACUCACCGAAACUUUCAGAAGGAGGGAUGCUGCUCAGCAAGGGAUGGUUACUUUUCAAUAUGAUGAUUUCAUUCAAAGCAUCAUGAGUAUCUAAAAAAAAUCGAAAACCGCCCAAAGGAACUGCAAUUUGAUUGUGUACUAUUCCAAGAACCAAGCCUUCGUUUGGAUGUAACUAAUACCAUGUCAUUUUUUUUUUCUUUUUUAUGUUUUUUUAUUUUUUUAUUAAUAAAAUGCAGAUUCUACUAUG